UAAUGAACGAAAUAAGCAUUGUUUCACUCAGUCAACUCCUUAACAACAUUCAUCUAUCACAAUCCCAUAUUGAUGAAGCUGCCAGAUUCUACAUUAGACACAGUAAUGAUCAGAAGUCUUAAUAAUCUUUAUGUGAAGAGUGGUGCAAUCACUUCCAUUUUGCAAAAGGAAAUGUUGAUGGAGAUAAAGUAAUUGUAUCUUUGCUUCACAUGGCAUAAAGAGUAAUAGAAUCUGUAAUUAAAUUUGAAGGAGCAUGUAUCUAUUAUAUGUUAUUUAUUUAUUAGAUGCUACUAUGAGGGAUGCUUUCAAGAAAUAAAUCAUCAAGGCUUUCACAUUACUUAAAGAUCACAAUUCUUCAUAGGAUUUAAAAUAAUAAAUCAAAGAUCUCCUUAAAUAAUGGGAAGAAAAAUAAAUCUUCUCCAAAUCAGACAUUUCUAUCAUGAUUGAAACUAUUGAUCCAAAUAAGGUUAGCAAAGACAAAAUCAAAACUCAAUUUGCCCCACCUCAAUAUUUGAUCAAUUAUGCUAAAAAUUAUAAAGUAAAUAUAAAUCACAACUAAUUUAUUAAGGAUUUGCAAAUUAGAUUAUAAAAAAUGAAUGAGUAUGAAACCAGACUUGAUGAUCUUAUUAAUAAUGGAGCCUAAGAUAGAAUCAAUCUUUAUGAUCAACAAUUGGAUCAAUAUGCUAAGUCUGUUGAAAGUGUUUAAAAAUAUAGACAGUUAGUCAUCAAAGAUAUUAUUGAUGAAUUAAAAGAACUAGAUAAAAUACAUUCCAAAAGCAUUAUUGAUUUAAAAUAUAUAGCAUAAAGAGUAUCUAAUUUGAAGGCAAAAAAAGAAAAAAGAAUUUAAAAUGAAUAUUAUAAUGAUUAAUGA